AUGUCGCACGCGCGUCUGCGGAACGCCGCGAUCGCCGGCGGCUGGUCGUCCAGGACGUCAGCGGCGGCGGUUAAAAGACCGACCAGGGACGGCGGUAGCGGGGCGCUGGUUGCGCGAGGAGUAGGGACAACGGCGGCGGAUAGGCGCGCCGUUGGCAGGCCGGUAUCCCGCUCACCGAUGCUGCUACGGCCGCUCAUUCCCUGUCGCGGUAUGGCGGUUGCCGGGUCCGGCAAGGUCCUCACCGGGGACAACGUGUUUGAGAACCUGCGCAAGAUGGAGUACGCAGUGCGGGGGCCGCUGCUCCUCAGGGCGCUGGAGAUCGAGAAGGAGCUGCAAAAGGGCGUCAAGAAACCCUUUAAAGAGGUGAUCAAGGCCAACGUGGGGGACGCUCAUGCGAUGGGCCAGCAGCCCAUCACGUUCCUGCGGCAGGUGCUGACUCUGACGGUAUCCCCGAACCUGCUGGACGACCCUAGCUACCCGGAGGACGCCAAGGAACGCGCGAAAACGGUUCUCCACGGUUGCAAGGGCGGCAGCGUGGGCUCCUACUCGGAGUCCGCUGGCAUCGAGUGCAUCCGCAAGCAUGUCGCGCAGUAUAUCCAGGAACGUGACGGCAUACCAUGCGACUAUCGCAACAUCAUCCUGUCGAACGGCGCUUCCGACGGUAUCAAGUCAUUCCUGAAGUUGUUCAACGAGAAGAUCAACGGCAAGCCAUCCGGUGUGCUGAUCCCAAUUCCACAGUAUCCUCUGUAUUCCGCGACGCUCGCAGAGUUCGGCCUCACUCAGAUCGGGUAUUAUCUCAACGAGGAGAACAAGUGGUCCUUGGACCUAGACGAGCUGGAGCGAGCCCUGAACGAGUGCAAGGGAAAAUGCAAUCCUCGAGUGCUGGUGGUGAUAAAUCCCGGUAACCCGACCGGGCAGGUACUGACGCGCUCCAACAUCGAGAACAUCAUACGCUUCGCUCAUAAGAACCACCUCUUCUUGCUCGCUGACGAGGUCUACCAGGACAACAUAUACGACAAGGACAGCGCGUUCCAUUCCGUCAAGAAGGUGAUGACGGAAAUGGGCGAGCCAUACUCGAAGAUGGAGCUCGCGUCCUUCAUGUCCAUCUCGAAAGGCUACAUGGGCGAGUGCGGGAUACGUGGCGGCUACUCCGAGAUCAUCAAUAUGGAUCCGGCGGCGAUGGCGGUGUUGCUGAAGUCGAUCUCCGCGAUGCUGUGCCCCACCGUCCUCGGCCAGGUCGUGAUGGACGUCGUGGUGAACCCACCGCGGCCGAACGAGCCAUCGUACCAGCAGUUCCAGAAGGAAAAGGCCCAAACGCUGCGGUCUCUCGCGGAGAGGUCACAGCUCGUCGUUGAUACGCUCAACAGUAUUCCCGGGUUCAGGGCGAACCCGGCGAUGGGUGCGAUGUACGUGUUCCCGCGCUUUCAACUGCCACAGAAGGCGGUCGAGGCGGCCAAAGCGAAGGGCCAAGAGCCGGACAUCUUCUACGCGUUUAAACUACUGGAAGCCACCGGCAUCUGCGUGAUCGCCGGCUCGGGCUUCGGCCAGAAACCCGGCACGUACCACUUUAGAACUACUAUCCUGCCGCAGAAGGAGAAAAUCAAAACGAUGCUCGAGAGCCUGAAGCAGUUCCACGUCAAGUUCCUCGAGGAGUACAGUUAAACCAAACAUCCCUAGACUAGUGCUGCCAAUUUCGACUAUCCGGCUACCCGAAUAUGCGAUUGCUUUCAGAUUAUAUCUGUUUAUUGUUUUUGUUAAUUUUUUCUGUUGAUUUUAUUGUUUUUGUUAAACAAACAAAGAACGAAUGAAAGUAUUAUUAUUUCAAAAUUAUAAGAUUGAAGGUAUUCUCCUAGCCUUUUUUAACAUACUAGAUACAGACGCUCGUGCUAUUUAGCUAAAUAUUGUUGCACGGAGAAAAAUCUCUGUUUACAUAGCAAAAUAAGCACCUGACUAAAAUUCGUUGGUGAGGAGAUUACAUACUGUCAGGACGCAUAACGCUGUGUGCGAUGACAGUAGCGAGUCGAAGUAAAUGACUCUCGUCGAGAUCUCGGAAAAGAGACGAGAGAUUUUUAUAGCACGCCGUUCUUUUUAAAAGGAAGAAAUUGCAUGCUUUUUUAUAAUAUUAAAUUAUAUUAAUUAUAAUAUUAAUAUAUUAAUAAGUUAUAAUAUUAAUAUAUUAACGGCUCCGCACUUUUCGGUUCAAACGCGGGCAGCCUUAUUUUAAGCGUUCGUACGCUUUCUACACGUGAAGCAACUUGCGGCUAUUCAAUUUUGUAGAAAGUACAUCAAAGCGAGGUAUCUUGGAAUGAUACGACGAGGUGAUACACGGCGAUAAAAAAAACGAUUUUUUCAGUUAUCUGGAAUAAUAUUCGUAAAUAUAAAUACGCUGGUAGCCGAAUAGUACCCGGGUAAUACCCAUGGUUUUGAGUAUUCUGGCAGUAUUCAGAUAUGGAAAUACCCGGAUCAUAUCGACAGCACUAAUCUCGAAGGGAACGAGGAUUAGACAGGCGCGAGGGAAUUGUACGAUAGGGUUUGUGCAUACUCACAUAUGAGGACUAGUCUCUCUCGUUCGAGCACGCGAAUGUGUAAUAUUUUUAUUACGGUCAAAACACCCACUGUUGAAGAUCAUUAUUCAGCGGCGUGUUGUUGCGCACCGAACUGUAUAGAAAUUAUAAAUUAUAAUCACACUCUUUCAAAUUGUA